AUGUCCAUGCUAGUACGCCCUGGGAAGAGAAAGCUCCAGCCCGAGACCCUCGACGAUGGGCCUCGGAAGCACAGUGCCAUACCCUCCCCCACCGCCCCAUAUAUCUCACGACCCUCUUCACGCCGAUUGAGCGAGUACCGAGAACCCUCUGGAGAUUCCUCCUCACGGCCGCCCUCGCUAAGGGACUUGCACUCUAAUCGCGGAUCUCCCGUGCUGUUUGAAAAUGGACAUCUCCAGACACCGCGGACCUUCAGUCCGAAGGCUUCCAUUGUCUUGAUUGGAAUUCGAGGUACUGGCAAAUCAAGUUUAGCGGUGAUUCUGGCGGCGACCUCCGGACGUCGCUUGAUUGACGCCGACCGCUACUUUCACCAGAGUGUCGGAUGUCCCCGCGCAGUUUUCAAAAAGGAGAAUGAUGGUCUGGUUUAUCGUCAGCAGGAAGCGCGGGUCUUUGAAUCAAUGCUCGAGGACAAUCAAGAAGGGUGCGUGAUUGCGUGUGGGGCCGGUUCAAUGGAGAGAAACGGCCAAAGACUGCUCAGGGAAUAUGCGCAAACUCAUCCUGUCAUCCAUGUGAUUCGGGAUCCAGAGAGUAUUCAACUAUACUUAAAAGCGUGGGACACGCAGAAAGUUCGGCACUUUUUGGAUUUGUCUGGUCCGAUAUACCGGAGCUGUUCCAAUCUGGAAUUCUUCAAUCUAUCGGAGGCCAGGAGUGAUGUAUCCGCCGAGAAUGACGAGUCGCCGGCACAUAGAACGGAGCCCAGAUCACACACCCCGAUUCCCUUUCUCACACUCAAGCGAGUUCAGCGAGAUUUCCUUCGCUUCAUUGCCUUCAUCACGGGUGAUAUUGCUGAGCUCAAUAGUCAGCAUGCAUCAUUUCCGCUAUCAUUGCUGCCAGUCGAAUCUCGAACGUAUACAUCAGCGGUUACAGUGCCUUUUUCGAAAGUGUGCGCAAACAGUGUGGACAUUGAGGAGCUGGAAUUCUCUGCCGAUGCCUUUGAACUCGCUAUUGAUGUGACAGAUCCCUCUGGCCAGCCAAGCCUUGACUCGAGUCUCGCAGACAGUAUCAGCCAGGCGAUUGCAACGAUCCGCCGCAACAUCAUUGUACCAUUGAUCUACCACGUGGAAAGUUACACUACAGCGGGCUCUCUAUCUCCCAGCCAAACCCCCGUACGCAGUUCAGAUGAGGUUUAUUUGAACUUUGUCCGUCACGGGCUGAGGCUGUCGACCGGAUUUCUGACAGUGGAUCUUACUCGCGAUGAUCACCUGCUCUCGCAGAUCAUAUCAUCAAGUGGACGAACAAGAAUCAUUGGCCAUUUUGAGGCCUUCCAACCCCUUCCUGGUGGCUGGGAUGGAGACGAGUACAUGAAAGUCUAUGAACAGGCCAAAAGGUUAGGUUGUGACAUCGUUCGACUUUGUCAACCCGCCGAGACGCCAGAAGACAACGCUGCGGUGCAGAGAUUCCGCCAUCGAAUCCACAGUCUGCCUGUCACCCCUCUUUCUUUAAUAGCGUACAAUACGGGCCCACUGGGCCGUAUGUCUCGUUGUUUCAAUCCCAUCCUCUCCCCUGUCACACAUCCAUCUCUGGUGACAGAAAGCCGCACUCACCUAAGAUCAUGGAUCACGGCGCGUGAGGUCCAGCAGUCGCUUUACAGCUCCUUCACGUUGGACCCCAUGCAGUUCUUCGUGUUUGGCGCCAAUACUACAUACAGUAUGUCUCCCGCAAUGCACAACACAGCCUUCAAGAUCUGCGGCUUGCCACACAAAUAUGCAAUCCACCAAUCGCCUACUCUACGGGGUCUGAACGACUUAGUGGAGAAUGAGUACUUUGGUGGAUCCAGUGUCAGUCUCCCAUACAAAACCGAAUGCAUCCCUCUCCUCCACUCCAUGUCCACCCACGCUCGCGCUAUCGGCGCAAUCAACACUCUCAUCCCCAUUCGCAAUGUUCGAGAUCUGGACAAUGUUCAGCUACAAGAAUCCUCUGUCUUCCUUGAAAAGUGUCGUGCAGGCCCUAUCAAGGGUCUACACGGUGACAACACCGACUGGAUAGGAAUCUGCAAUUGUAUCCGCCGUGGCCUUUCCCCGGCCAACGCAGUCCGUUCAUCAACAACCGGUCUCGUGAUUGGCUCUGGUGGUAUGGCCCGCGCUGCAAUCUACUCCAUGAUCCACCUCGGCGUCCAACACAUUUUCGUUUACAACCGCACAGUGGCCAACGCGGAAAGGCUGGCCCGCCACUACAACCGACAAGAUCUUCACUCGAAUGAGGCCAGCGGGUCUGGUCGUCCCACCGUUCGUAUCUUGGAAUCUUUAUCCGACCCCUGGCCUGCCGACUUCAAACAACCCACCAUUGUUGUCUCGGGUAUCCCCGCUCACAGUAUCGGCGGUGAGCCAGCUCCGAACUUCCAGGUGCCCAGUCAGUGGCAGGAAAGCCCUACAGGUGGUGUUGUAGUCGAGUUGGCAUACAAACCUCUCAAUACCCCUCUCAUGAAACAAACUCGAGCCCUGUCUCAUCGCGGUUGGGUGGCCUUGGAUGGUCUCGACGUUCUCCCAGAGCAAGGAUUUGCUCAAUUUGAACUGUUUACUGGCCGUCGCGCUCCACGACGUGUAAUGCGCAGUAUUGUGCUUCAAGAGUACAGAGAUGACGAAGGAAAUGAUGAUCAUGAUGCGAUACAAGAUAGGCUGCAGCAGAUGGAUGGGCAGCCAUCUUGA